UUCGUGUUCAGCUGCGCUGCAGUGUGACGCGGCGACGAAGCGCAGAGCGGAGGGUUCGUCAUUAGGAGACGCUAACAGUCCGCUUUUUCACCGGUCCAACCAUCAAUCGCUGCACUGACCUGAAACAUCAGACAUGUCUACGGAGCCCAACUACCGCCGGACUAAACCUGGAAUGAAAGCCUGCACCCCUAAUUCAAACGGUGCCGCCGGUCCCGCAUCGCAGAUUCCUGGUCUGUCCCAGAGUGCCGAUUCGGCACCGGUGGAGAAGGGCAAGGGACGGCGAGUCGGAAUUCAGGCCACCGACUCGGACUACGUUAAACUCGCCAAGCAAGGAGGCCACAAGGGGUUGUUGUCCUAUGACCGUGAGGACACCAGUGCCGCAUCUGGAACAUCCGAUGUCCCUGAAUGGUUCUCCAGUGAUGAUCAAAGCCAGAAUAAAGUGUCGACGCAGAAGCUGGUGGCCCCGUUUGGGACUGAUGAAUGUUCAGCAUGGGACAAUGACUCUGGUGCUGGCAAAGACAAGAAGUCACCGGUCGGCCAUGCCACUCAGGAGAUGGAGAAACUCAGCCUGAGCCAGGAGGAGAUCGAUGAGGCCAACAAGUACAAAAGAAUGUCACAUGAUAAGAAGGCAACCGCUCCUGUGGACAUGUCCAAGCUGUUGAGCUUUGGGUACAUGGAGGAGGAAAAGAAGUCUCCUGACGAUGACUCCUCAAGUAUGAUGUCAGAGCAGGCGAGCACUGUCGCCCCAGAGGACGAGUUGGAGUAAUAGCAUAGAAAUAACGCGGAAGCUUGUGCAAGUUUCCAGCCCACUAUCCUUCCGUUCUUCACCCUAUUUAUGCAAAUUUCUUUUGGUCGUCGUUCUAUUUUAAAAUCGUUCGUGGCACGCUUACAUAUCUAAUGGUGCUUGUGAUCCUUAAAAUAAAAGAUUUAAAACUAAGUGCUCCUAGUCAUAUUGCCAAGCUGCAGCAACAGAAAGACCAGACGUUUAUCCGCCACUUAUCUACAAACGUGGGCCAAGUCCUUUUCACCGUCACGACCACACUGCACGAAGAAACCUGUUUGUGUCGAGUGUUUUCUAAAGGGUUUCAGGAGCUUGUGUUCAUGAAUGUGUUGCUAUGCUGUUCGACAUGUUGUUCGACUAUGCUGUUUUUCGAUGUUAUGGUAAAUUUAAAAAAAUAAUUAAAUUCUUAGAUUCAGGUGCAGUAGAUGUGCAGAGUACAGAGUUUUAACUCCGUAACAUUUUUUUUUUGUCUCAUUAAAUAAUGUUUACAUUCAGUGUGGAUUAUCAAUAGAUGAAUAAAAUAUGCAUGUGCAUGGAAAA